GUCGAUUCAAACAGCCGCUCCACAGCCUCUACGACCUCCCGCAGGGCGAGCCGCGCACACUGCGGGAGCCGCUCGAUGGAGUGGAUGGCGUGUUGGAAGUCCGCAAAGUGAUCGGCCUCAGACUGGCCGGUCAAAAACUCCACUCCUGGGGCCGGCAGGGUCCGAUGCGAUCGCUGCCAGUGGCCGUCAACAGAGUUCGUGGGGGGCGGGGGCGGAGGGGGAGGGCCUCUAGGCGGCCCACCGGGAGGGCCCUGCCCACCAAGCGGGCCCGGUCUACCUGCCAGUGGUCGGCGAGGGCGCCACUGCUGGGAUUGCCGACCUCCCCUGACGGCGGCCGACUGCCGCGUCGAUCUCCUGAUUGUUGACGGCCCGCACCCCCGGCGCCUUGGGCAGCCUCGCCUGCCGCCCACAGGCCAUCUUGCACACUGCGCGGCUGGUCCGCUGCCUCGUGUCUGCGCCGUUCUUCGGUCUCACGUUGUUGCCGCUCCUCGGUCUCAUGCUGUCGCUGCGCCUCAGUCUCACGUUGUCGCCACGCCUCGGCCUCACGUCGUCGUUGCUCCGCGGUCUCACGCUCUCGCCGCGCCUCCUCGCCGCAACGCCCAU